AUGCGACCUCACUCCCCAAUCCUAGCCUCGCUAGCCAACGUCUUCCGGAUCCCAAUCACAAGACCACAAGUAACACCAUCAACAUCGACAAUUCUACAAACCCUCUCAGCGAAAAACUCACAGCAAACAUCAUCGUUCUCCACGACGCCAUCGCUUGCGAAACGGAAAUCAGCAUACAAACCUGACAGGCGUAUCACAUUAAUAAGAUACUUCCUCUACCACCCUCUCACACCUCGCCCCCUCCGCUUCUCACGCAACCGUUACCUACGCCACUGGACCAUCCACCGCGCCUGGCAACUCUACCAAGCGAAUCUGCGCACUCAACAGGAGACCGAACUCUACCGCCAACAACAAGCCAUGUCCGCUGCAUGCGAAGAGCUGCGCACUAGCUGCGGCGAAAGAGGCGCGAAGCUUUUCCGAGUGUCCAUGAAUAAGAAAGGUGUUUUCACGGAUCUGUUUCCGAUUGAGUAUGCGAGGCUGCAGACUGAUAGUCCCGGUAGGGAAGGGUGGAAUCAUGGGUGGAAGAGGAUGUGA